AUGGCAUAUUUUAAAGCCAUUGGAAAGUAUAUUGAGUCCAGUGGGUUAAUGGAGAUUCUCGUUGAAGCACUAGCUCUAGCAGGAGGAUCAACCAACAGCUUCUUGGACAGCAAACAUUUUAAUCGCUGCAAGCGGCUACAUCCUUUGCUUUCCGGUGCUUUACAGGUUCUCCACUUCGAAGAAUAUUUAUCACAAGCAAAAAGAAGUUCUGAAACAUUGGAUGAAGAUUCAGACGCGGAAAAUGGAAAUAACUUUUCCGACAGUGAAAAUAUUUUUGAGACAUUGAAUGAAGAUUUAGAAUCAGUUAUGAAUAAUUCAUGUGAGGUCAAUGAGCGCCUUGCUUUGCCUGACUCACUGCAAAACUUGCUUAAAAAUUACAAAGAGUUCCGCGAAGAAACACUCCGAGGGGGCCAUGGAAGGACAGCUCAAUAUUACUUGCAGUAUACCGAGCUUGUCAACUUAUAUCUUCGAUUUUCAAGAAGUAUUCGCUGUAGUAACUUUGAGCUUUACCUGGAUUCAAUCUCUAAAAUGUGUGAUUACUUCUUUGCCUUCAACCUGCCGAAUUACUCAAAAUGGGCUGCCAUGUAUCUAAAUAAUUUAAUAAAGCUAGAUUGA